UUGACCGCUAGGGCGUGUUAAAACGCUUGGCAACACUGCUUGAUGUAUAUAAAGCAAAACCGCCGGUUUUUCCGCCAAGUUCCACAAGUUCGUUUGGAAACCUGCAUUACGAGAGUUCCGAGCGUAUCUCUAUAUCUUAAUUACCUUUUUUGUGGUGUAACAGUACGAAACUAAAUCAAAAUGCGUGAAUGUAUCUCUAUUCAUGUCGGCCAAGCCGGAGUCCAAAUCGGCAACGCCUGCUGGGAAUUGUACUGCCUGGAACAUGGCAUCCAGCCUGACGGCCAAAUGCCAUCAGACAAAACCGUCGGCGGCGUGGACGACAGUUUCAACACCUUCUUCAUGGAGACCGGAGCCGGCAAGCACGUACCCAGAGCCGUGUUCGUCGACUUGGAACCCACCGUGGUGGAUGAAGUAAGAACUGGAACAUACCGCCACCUGUUCCACCCCGAGCAACUGAUCACAGGUAAGGAGGAUGCCGCGAAUAACUACGCGCGCGGCCACUACACCAUCGGCAAGGAGAUCGUCGACAUAGUUCUGGACAGGAUCCGCAAACUGGCCGACCAGUGCACCGGGCUGCAGGGUUUCCUCAUCUUCCACUCGUUCGGUGGGGGCACCGGCUCGGGUUUCGCGUCGCUUUUGAUGGAGAGAUUGUCCGUGGACUACGGGAAAAAGUCCAAGUUGGAGUUCGCCAUCUACCCGGCCCCUCAGGUUUCCACCGCUGUGGUGGAACCCUACAACUCCAUUUUAACCACGCACACCACCUUGGAGCACUCCGACUGCGCCUUCAUGGUCGAUAAUGAGGCCAUCUUCGACAUCUGCAGGCGCAAUUUGGACGUCGAACGCCCCUCGUACACCAACUUGAACCGCUUGAUCGGGCAAGUUGUGUCCUCCAUAACAGCCUCUCUGAGAUUCGAUGGCGCCUUGAAUGUCGACUUGACCGAAUUCCAAACCAACUUGGUUCCAUACCCACGUAUACAUUUCCCUCUUGUAACCUACGCGCCGGUUAUCUCCGCCGAGAAGGCCUACCACGAGCAACUGAGCGUGGCCGACAUCACCAACGCGUGCUUCGAACCCUGCAACCAGAUGGUGAAGUGCGAUCCCAGACACGGCAAAUACAUGGCCUGCUGCAUGCUGUACAGGGGAGACGUCGUACCGAAGGACGUCAACGCCGCAAUCGCCACCAUCAAAACCAAGCGCACCAUCCAGUUCGUGGACUGGUGCCCGACCGGUUUUAAAGUGGGCAUCAACUACCAACCGCCCACCGUGGUACCUGGAGGCGAUUUGGCGAAGGUGCAACGUGCCGUUUGCAUGCUGUCCAACACCACCGCCAUCGCGGAGGCGUGGGCGCGAUUGGACCACAAGUUCGAUCUCAUGUACGCCAAGCGAGCCUUCGUGCAUUGGUACGUGGGUGAGGGUAUGGAAGAAGGUGAAUUCUCCGAGGCGCGUGAGGAUUUGGCCGCUCUCGAGAAGGAUUACGAAGAGGUCGGCAUGGACUCCGGAGACCAAGAGGGAGAAGGUGCCGAAGAAUAUUAAGCACGACAGACCUUUCCACUUUUAAAAUGAAUUUGUUUCCAUUUUUUCAAGUCUGAUGAUUAACUUCAAUAAAACAUUUCUUUAACUGCAUUUUUGUCUUUU